AAAACAAAGGCGCACCUGUGUCAUCCUGGUACCCAGACAGGUGUUUCUGCUAAGCCCCGCCCCUUUCCAGGUGGCUGUAGAAAAGCGCCAUCAGCUUCCCCCACUGAACAGAACCCCAGAGCACCAGCUGCCAACAACUCCUCACUGAACCAACCUUCACAUCCAGCAGAAAUGGAGCAUAAGAUGAUGCAGGCUUUCGCCACACUGAUGGUUUUCCUGGCUCUCAGUUUCCAGCCAGUCCUGUCACAGGUUGUCAUUUCUAAAACAGGAUGUGGCUCAACCAAAGCGUGCGUGCAGCAACCUGAUGCCUGCGACCCUGCAGACAACACCACCACGUGUCUUUUUGGAUCUGCUCGCCCCACAAAGUUGAACCCCCCAAAUGGCGUCGACCUGGCCUUUGAGAUCAGUGGGAAGUCUGUGAACUCUUCGGGAUUCAUCGCCGUGGGUCUCACCACGAGCCAAUCUCAGAACACCAUGCUUUUUGUCUGUGCUCAAAACAGCUCAAACAACGGGUCUUUCUUCAGCACGUCAACGGUUUAUAACAACGCCACUAAAAAUCUGAACGAUACAGUAGCGACGAAGGCUAUGACAGAUGUUCAAAACACCAUCGCUGGUGACAACCUCAAGUGUACGUUUAACGUCGCUGGUCUGAAUACCACCACCGACGCUGCACUCAGGGCCGCCGCCGAUACCACCUACAAAAUGGUCAUCACAUCUGGACAACUCAUUGGAGGUGUAUUUCCUGCCGUCCUCUCUUUUAAAGUUGGUAAUGCUACAGAUCUUUCCACCUUCCUAAACUCAACAACAAACACCACAGCAGCACCAACAGGGGGCAGCUAUCCUCUCUAUUCUAGUGCUGUGUUGCCUCUGGUCAGCUUCCUCACACUGUCCAUCCUGACGUUCGCCUGAUCAAACACAGAGAAGAAGAAGCUGUUAUAACCCCACAAAGACACAGUGAAGGGUGCUGCUUUAAAACGCAGCAAAAACCGAGUGUCAUGUUGUUUAUGAAGUCUUUUUACAAAACUAAUUCAUAGAUGUAUAGAUUAUAUUUUGCACUGUUUGUUCUAAACACUUACAAGAUGAAGAAACUAAUAGCUCAGGUUCUGCAAACCUUUUGGUGAUCUAAGGUAUAUAUUUUUUAAUAAUGUAAACAUAUCUAUUGAUACAAUUACUAUCUUUAAAUGCUUUUAUUACUGUGUGAAAUGAAAUGUGAGCAGGUCUCGUCUGUUUAUUAAAUCUGUCAUCUUAAUGGGAGCCCAUCCCAGCUCAGGAUUGUCUUGUUUUCAUUAAGUAGAUUAAGUUAUCUGUCGGUUAGCCAGAAGAAACCAGAAGAACUCACUACACCAGAAAAACGACUAAAUCGAAAGCAAGAUUUCAAUCUCGUUGGAGGUCGACAAACAUUCUGGAUCUGAUCGUCAAACACUCCAGCUGUCACGGUACGACUAAAGGAAACAAGCCACUUGGUACAAGUUGAUGCCUUUUGCUGGUAUGUGAGAAGAUAUGAAAGGUGGUUGAACACUGAUAAAAUGACAAAGCACAUAUUUAUGAGCACUCUGCUUCGCUUCGAGAUGUGUAAGAAACGUAAUGUGAAAGUUUGAGACAUUUAGCAAGGGACAACGGAAAAAUCAGGAGAAAAUGUUGAUAACCACAUUAUCGUUUUUCUUAAUAAACUGUAUUUUUUGACAAUAAACAUUAAAUGUUAA